AUGACAGGCAGGCGGAGGCGGCCGCAGCCACAGCCUCUUCGGAGCGCGGCUACAGUGGAGCGGACCCGCGCUUGCGCAAUCGCCCCGGAGCGCUGGGCCCAGCCGGGCCACGCCUCUCGCAAGCCCAGCCUCCCAUUGGACCCUUGGACGGCCAGGCUCGGCGGCCAAUCAUCGGUGGAGAGGGCAGGCAUGGCUCCUACCCCCGGGAGAGCCCCGCCCCGUCAGGUGAGCGGCCAUGCCCCGCCCCACCUCUGCCCCUCCCCCGGGCACCCAGUAGGCCCUUUUCUCUCCGCACCCCCUUUUUCCGUUCACGCCUUCGAGGCCACCGUACAGCUGUCGCCCCAUUUUACGGAUGGAGCCACUAGGAGCCCCCGGCUCCUGAGCGCCAAUGAGCACCCCUCCCCCAACCCCAGUCCUUGGCUCUUUCAGGAGCCCGUGACCUUCGGGGACGUGGCCGUGGACUUCACCCUGGAUGAGUGGGUCUGCCUGGACUCGGCCCAGAAGGAGCUGUACCGGGACGUGAUGCUGGAGAACUACGGGCACCUGGUCUGCCUGGCAGGACUCGCAGGAGCGAAGCCCGCCGUGAUCCACCAGCUGGAACGAGGGGAAGCCGCCUGGAGCCCCGGCGUGCCCAGAAGCAGCCUUCCAGGUGAGCCGGUGACCCCAGGCCCAGAGGCAUCCAAGCAGCGGCAGCUGGUGGUCCGGGGGCAGGCCAGGAAGCUGGUCAUUCAGGGCCCAGUCAUUUGGCUGAGCCCUUGGAGCGUGCUGGACCUUGCACACUCCGGCUCCGGAGAAGAGCUGUGUCCGGGAGCUGCAUGUCCACAGGGAAUUCAUACGGGCGAGAAACCUUUUGAUUGUAAAGAAUGCGGAAAGGCCUUCCGCCUGAGGUCACAGCUUGCAUUACAUCAGCGAAUCCAUUCUGGAGAGAAACCUUUUGAAUGCAACAAAUGUGGGAAAGCAUAUAGGCUGAGCUCCCAACUUACUCUACACCAGAGAAUUCAUACUGGAGAAAAACCAUAUGAAUGUAAAGUAUGUGGAAAGGCCUUUCACCUAAGUGGACGGCUUACUGUACACCAGAGAAUUCAUACUGGAGAGAAACCUUUUGGAUGCAAUGAAUGUGGGAAGGCCUUCCUCAUGAGGUCACAGCUUAUUGUACACCAGAGGAUUCAUACAGGAGAGAAACCUUAUGAAUGUAAUGAAUGUGGGAAAGUCUUCCGCCUCAGUGGACAACUUACUGUACACCAGAGAAUUCAUACUGGAGAGAAACCUUGCGAAUGUAAAGAAUGUGGGAGGGCUUUCCGCCUGCAGUCACAGCUUACUGUACACCAGAGGAUUCAUACUGGAGAGAAACCUUAUGAAUGUAAUGUAUGUGGGAGGGCCUUUCGCCGGAACUUAGAGCUUACUUUACACCAGAUAAUUCAUACUGGAGUAAAACCUUUUAAAUGUAAUGAAUGUGGGAAAGCCUUUGGACAUAGGACAAAACUUACUGUACACCAAAGAACACAUACUGGACAGAAACCUUAUGAGUGUAAUGAAUGUGGGAAGGCCUUUCACCAGAGUGGACAGCUUACUUUACACCAGAGAAUUCAUACUGGAGAGAAACCUUGUGAAUGUAAAGAAUGUGGGAAGGCCUUCCGCCUACAGGCACAGCUUACUGUACACCAGAGAAUCCAUACCGGGGAGAAACCUUUUGAAUGCAGUGAAUGUGGGAAGACCUUUCAGUGGAGGUCUCUGCUUACAGUCCAUCAGAGAAUUCAUACUGGUGAGAAACCUUUCGAAUGUAAUGAAUGUGGGAAGGUCUUUCGCCUAACCUCACAGCUUACUUCACAUCAGAGAAUCCAUACUGGAGAGAAACCUUAUGAAUGUAAUGAAUGUGGGAAGGACUUUCAGUGGAGAUCUCUACUUACAGUCCAUCAGAAUUCAUACUGGAGA